CCUGCUUACGUGUUUGGACGCAGGUGGCACUGAGGCAUGGGGAAUUAUUUUGAGUGAUAUCUUUUUAUUUUUCACAGCAACAGGAGAGGAUUGAGUGACUACUUUUUAUUUUUAUUUUUUGGAAAUGUGUCAGUUAGAUGCAUCAGUCCUGUAGCAUUAUGGAGCACAAGAAUACAAAGAGCUCGGUGUACUGUGUGGAGAAUGGAAAUGGAAAGGUUGCAAGUCCCGUCUCGCAAGUAGGUUCUGAUAAUAUCCUGAUGCCAACGUUCACAUAUAAGGUGGUUUCACAGAGGACAAUUGCCCUGAUCGUCAUCUUCAUCCUUCUAAUCCUGGCUGGAGGUUCAACCCUGGCCUGGUACUUUCUAGAGUACAGAGUGUGGACGUUAGAGGAACGGGUGGAGCAGCAGUAUAUAGGCCAGAUCUCUAUCCUGAACAGGAACUUCUCCAGCGCACUUUCUUCACACACCAGUCGAGUGUUCCGGGAGGAGGCUCGCACUACGGAGGCCAUGCUAGGGAAGCUUGUGAAGUCCUCUGAUGUGUCUCGCUAUUUCAAAUCCACCACCGUGUUUGGUUUUAGCGAGGGAAGUGUAGUGGCGCACUUCUGGCUCAUCUUAUCCCUCCCUGAGAGUCAUGCUGGCAAGGUCACCAUGCAGAAGGUCAACGAGAGCUUACUGGGAACCUUGCAGAGCUUUAGAGAGGCAGGUGUGAAAGAUACGGUUAGCUUGGAGGGAUACCUGCUUCUCCUGUCCUCAUUCUCCAUAUCAGAAACCCAGCCCAAAGUUAUAGAUUUUUUGCAAGCCUCAUUUGAUUGUUAUCGGUACCAGUCGGUGUCCUACAGCAUUCCUGUAGUUCUAAAGGGGCCAAACACCCAGCGCUCAUCAUGUCUAUGGCACCUGAAAUCCCCUGAGGACUCCCAGUUGGAGCUGAGGGUGGAGUGGCUUCUACCUGAGUGCCGAGACCGGCUGGCCAUCUAUGACUCGCUCGCCCCUGCUGACUCCACACUCAUCACCUCUCUGUAUGGCUGUAGCAGGCAUGAGCAGGUGGUGCAGGUUUUAUCCUCUGCUGACUGGAUGACGGUGGUGUGGAAACAGGGCCAGUACAACUAUAAAGACCCGUUCUCUCUCUCUGCGCAGGCCUGGCCCAACAAGAACUGCUCCUACAGCAUCAACUUGGAGAGAAAGGAAGGUGUUCAGGGGAGCUUACGGACCCCGUUCUACCCCAGCUACUAUCCACCUAAUACCAACUGUACCUGGCAGUUCACUUUGCCGUCAUCAGAGUAUGGACUGACCCUGGAGUUUGAGGGCUACGAGCUGGGUCGAGCCAGUUAUACCCAGAACUGCACACAAGGCCAGUGGCUCAUUCAGAACCGCAGAAUGUGUGGUACGAGGGCUCUGCAGCCAUAUUCUGAGCGGCUCUAUCUUCAUUCCUCCACCACCACCGUUUCCAUGACGUCAGAGGUGUCACUCACAGGGCCCGGUCUCCAAGUCCGCUACAGCAUCUUCAACCAAUCAGAUCCCUGUCCUGGUCAGUUCCUGUGCAGUGUCAAUGGCCUGUGUGUGUCAGCAUGUGACGGGAUCUCAGACUGUCCUAAUGGUCUGGAUGAGAGAAACUGUGUGUGUAUUGCCCAAUACCGCUGUCUCAGGGACAGUCAGUGUAUAGACUACUACAAGCUUUGUGACCAGCAUCAGGACUGCACUGAUGGGAGUGAUGAACAGAACUGCACAGUAGGAGUUCCUUGUACUGACAGGACCUACAUGUGCAAUGAUGGCACUUGUUUGAAGAAGCAGAACCCUGCUUGUGAUUUUAUCACCGACUGUCCUGAUGCUUCGGAUGAGAAAAAUUGCGAUUGUGGCCUGCGCCAGUUCAGUACGCGAGUGGUGGGCGGAGUCAAUGCGAUGGAGGGGGAGUGGCCAUGGCAGGCCAGCCUGCAGAUCAGUGGACAGCAUAUCUGUGGUGGAGCAUUAAUCUCCGCCCAGUGGGUGGUGUCUGCAGCACACUGCUUCAACGAUGAUCGACUGUACUUGCCUUCCAUAUGGACAGUGUAUCUAGGUAAGCUGCAUCUGCGGACCUCUGCUCAGUCUGAGGAAGCUCUGCGUGUGACCCACAUCCACCUGCACCAGUACUAUGACGACGAGAUCCACGACUAUGAUCUGGCACUGCUUAGGCUUGAGAGACCCGUCUCAGCAAGCACACUGGCACUGCCCGCCUGCCUGCCCAAGCCCACACACCAGCUGGAGCCUGGUCUGCUAUGCUGGGUCACAGGCUGGGGGGCACUCAGAGAAGGAGGUGCUGUAAGCAACACCCUGCAGAAGGUUGAUGUCCGGUUGGUCAGCGAGGAGGCUUGCGUCCGUUCCUACGGAUACAUUAUCACUCCCAGAAUGCUGUGUGCUGGUUAUCGGCGUGGGGGAAAAGACGCAUGUCAGGGGGACUCUGGGGGGCCGCUGGUUUGUCAGGAGCAGUCAGGUCGCUGGUUUUUGGCCGGAGUCGUGAGUUGGGGCCGUGGCUGUGGCCGACCUGAUUAUUAUGGCGUUUAUACGCGUAUCACCAAACUCUCUCCCUGGAUCAAACAACUCAUCACAUCCUGACAAGCAGGACACACUGAUCCUAUUCUCAGCCAGGAGCUGCUGUCAGCUAUUCUUUAAACCUAUUUAAACAUAGGUUUAAGUUCAAAUAAGGUAUUCGCAUGAACUCUAGAAGAGUUGAUGGACUGCUAUGGAUAAUGAAAUCUAAUUUUAAUAUUAGGCUUCAUUAUUUUUUAUAUUACCACACUGAAAAAAGUGAAAAUAUCCUGAAUAUUUCUAGAAAGAAGCAAAAACAUCUGGCAAUAAUAAUGAUUUUAGAUAAAUUAGAUAAAUAUUAGAUACAUUUGCUCAUAUUCAAGAUAUUUUCCCUUGCUAUGAUGUUUUUGGCAGUGUAGAUCAGAUCUAAAGUGUGUGUCAUAGAUUGUAAUAAAAAAAAGAAAGAAACACUAUAAAAUGGGAACAAUAGAGGAGUAUUUUGAGCGUUGGACAACUCAUUGUCAUUGGACUCACUGGUGGAAAUGUGGAAGGCUGGCAAUUCUGGUUAAGAGGAACUUUUAUAAUGGUUUUGGUUUUGGUUUUGUUCACAAUGUAACAAAACCACAUACAUAGUCAGAAAGAAAAUGUCUAACUGUUGCACAGAACUUUCAUUUUUUAAGUGACUGUCCAUCAUGUUUGCUGAUAAGUGUAUAUUAAUGAUAUACAACAAUCAGCCAUAACAUUAAAACCACCUGCCUAAUAUUGUGUAGGUCCCACUUGUGCCGCCAAAACAGCUCUAACCCGACGAGGCAUGGACUCCACAAGAAGGUGUGCAUUUGGAGGCCAAGUCAACACCUUGAACUCUUUGUCAUGUUCGUCAAAUCAUUCCUGAACUAUUUUUUGCAGUGUGGCGGGAUGCAUUAUCCUGCUGAAAGAGGCCACUGCCAUCAGGGAAUACAGCUGCCAUGAAGGGGUGUACAUGGUCCGCAACAAUGUUUAAGUAGGUGGUACUUGUCAAAGUAACAUCCACAUGAAUGCCAGGACCCAUAGUUUGCCCAGAGCAUCACACUGCCUCCACACUUGCCCAUUUUUCCUGUUUCCAGCACAUCAACUUCAAGAACUCUGUGUUCACUUGCUGCCUAAUAUAUCCCACCUCAUGACAGGUUCCACUGCAACGAGAUAAUCAAUUCACUUCACUUGUCAGUGGUUGUACUGUUAUGGCUAAUCGGGGUAUUUUGGCAUGGGCAUUUGGCAUGAGUAUCAUUCAUCAUAGGUUAACAAUUUGUAGACCUGUAAAACACUAUAUAUAUA